GUGCAGUUUUAAACAUAGGUAGCAUGUGAAAGAAUGCAACUUUGGUCGAGCUUCGCUGUGAAGAUCACUUCUAUAUUCUUACAAUACGAUUGUUCUCAUUUCUAGUCGACGUUACUUUUUAUUUACUUUUCUGGACUGUUUUACUCGUGCGAUUAUCAAUUCUUUUUGUUCCGAGUUGAGUCAGUUCAGUGCCAACCUUGAACGUAGGUUGAUCGUCGAUAGUAGUACUAAAACGUUACUCAUGAAUCAGCUGACGAUGUUGAAAGUUAUUAUUUUGCUGUUAGUAAUUGUUUACGACGCUUCUGCUACGGACUGUCGUAUAUAUCUGCGAAGUAAUGCAACACAUGAGAAAGCACCACUGUUACUCAAACCGAAAGGUGCUCUGGUUUCUUUAUUACAACCGACAGGAUCACAUUUUCAACUGGAAGAAGGAGAGAAUACUCUGAUUGGAUGUGCCAGUUCCAAAAACAAAAUUGCUGAGUUAAACGAGCAUCUAGCCAGUGUCACAUGUGUGAAAAACCAGGAAUUUAAACUGAAUGGCACGAAAAAACAAUUUACUCAGCUGAAUUGUUCAUCCAGUAUUUCAAGUUCGAUAAAAGCACAAAAUCGUCCCUGUGCUGGGGGAACUGGUGUUUUAUUUGAUAUUGGGUUCGAAAUUCUCGGUAUACCGUUUGUCAAAUUCUUUCAAUCAUGUUAUAGUUUGGAAAGAUCUUCCGUGAUCUUCACGGAGCACGAAAUCCUGGGAAGUUCGAUUGACACUGCUCAAAUAAGCAAUGAUCGACCUGCAUUCAAGAUUGGUGGCUUAAAAAGUAAUGUGAGGUUCUCGUCGGUCUACACCCAAAAUUCUCAAAGAGAAAGGCUAACACAAUUGCUGGGAGCAGUAUCCGAAGCUGAGAAAUAUAUUUCUUCAUCGUCCUUUUUCGCCAAAGGACAUCUUACACCGGAUGGCGACGGUGUAUUGGACACCUGGGCUGGAGCAACUUACUUCUACAUCAAUGCUGCACCCGAGUGGCAGGUAAUCAACGUGGGCAACUGGGUACGGGUAGAAAAUGCCGCCCGAAGCAUUGCAGUCCGUUUAAACGACACAGUGAAAAUAUUCACCGGAGUGUACGACAUUCUGUCCCUUCCAGACGUGAACGGUCGAAUGGUUCCAAUCACGCUGGCGGAAAACUCACAACUGGAAGCUCCCAAGUGGUUCUGGAAGGUUUUGCACCACGCGGCGUCCAACUCGGCGAUUGCAUUGAUCACACUGAAUAACCCCUACGCCUCCGGCGGAGAGUAUCUGUGCCACGAUAUUUGCGAUCGGAACGGAUGGGGACACAAGGAGUUCCAGGAUUUGCGGAAAGGGUUCACCUACUGCUGCACCGUUCAGGAGCUGAGAAAAGCAAUCAAAUUCAUACCGACGAAAGCAGACGCAUCCAACAUUCUUCAGUUUAAUUAAAUUGUUUUCCCUUCUGUGCUGCUCGCAUAGCUUUCGUACAAAUAAAGUGUGGCGUGAGUAUGAUAUCUACGAAUGUAUUGAGCCUAAAAGGGGGCGAUCCACAUGAUUUUCCGAAACUAGGCUGUUUUGAAUUUUAUGCUAUCAAUAAUCAAACUUGAACAUUUUAUGCUAUCAAUAAUCUUCAAACCACAGGUACACAUAAACAGAAAUCGAGAGUUUCGAUCUAAACAUAGCAUUUUGUAUUUCGACCUCCUCUUCUCGGAAACUGCAAAAGGGUAAAAGUUCUGUUUGCUGAUGAGACGCAUUUAAAUCAAAUUCUGUUUCAGCUAAGCAAGUCCAUGUAUAGUAAUAUGCUAAAAUAGAGCGCCAUGUUCAAAUAUGAAAAUAUAUAAUGCCAACGCAUUGCAUAUUUUCAUAUUUGCACAUUAACGACUCACCAGUAUACGUUCAUUGCGUAGUAUAAUGUUUCCUAGCGUUUCAAUCAAAUAUGCGGACAAAAUGAGUAAAAUAAUUCCACAGUUAUGGAUAUGAAACCUAUAGAAUUAAUAAAUAUUCCAAAAAAUUCUUGCAAAAAAA